CUGCCUGGCGGCCAUCAUGUCUGGGGCCAACAGCUCCAGCCUGACACCCACGUUCUUCAUCUUGAAUGGGAUCCCUGGGCUGGAGGCCGCACAUGUCUGGAUCUCCCUGCCAUUCUGCUUCAUGUACAUCAUCGCUGUCGUGGGCAACUGUGGGCUCAUCUACCUCAUCAUCCAUGAGGAGGCCCUGCACCGGCCCAUGUACUACUUCCUGGCCCUGCUCUCCUUCACUGACGUCACCCUGUGCACCACCACUGUCCCCAACAUGCUGUGCAUAUUCUGGUUCAACCUCAAGGAGAUUGACUUUCAUGCCUGCCUGGCCCAGAUGUUUUUUGUCCACACACUGACAGGCAUGGAGUCUGGGGUGCUCAUGCUCAUGGCCCUGGACCGCUACGUGGCCAUCUGCUACCCUCUGCGCUACUCCACCAUCCUGACCAGCCCUGUCAUCGCCAAGGCUGGUCUUGCCACUUUCCUGAGGGGUGUGAUGCUCAUCAUCCCCUUCACCUUCCUCACCAAGCGCCUGCCCUAUUGCCGGGGCAACUUCAUUCCUCACACCUACUGCGACCACAUGUCUGUGGCCAAGGUGUCCUGUGGCAAUUUCAAGGCCAACGCCAUCUAUGGUCUCUUGACAGCCCUCCUGAUUGGGGGCUUUGACAUCUUCUGCAUUUCUGUGUCUUACACUAUGAUCUUGAGGGCUGUGGUGAGCCUGUCAUCGGCAGAUGCCCGUCACAAAGCCUUCAGCACCUGCACAUCCCACAUCUGUGCUAUUGUCAUCACAUAUGUCCCAGCCUUAUUCACUAUUUUCACUCACCGUUUUGGAGAAAAGAACAUUCCUCACCAUAUCCAUAUCAUUAUUGCCAACCUCUAUCUGAUGUUGCCUCCUACCCUGAACCCCAUUGUUUAUGGAGCAAAGACCAAGCAGAUCCAGGAAGGUGUGGUCAAGCUAUUUUCUAAGGAGAAAGAUAUCUUCACUCUGAAAUAG